GACGUCAAAGUCGUUGUCUCGAAUGUCGGGAGCUAGCGCUUGUUAACAGGCCGCGCGCACAGAAGGGUAACGAUUAUUACUACAUUCUGGAGAGCAAGGUCGUCGACAUCUGCAGCACUUCGUAUUUCAGGAAUUUCCUGUCCCCCCCCCCUCCCUUUGUCAGAGAGCAUGGCUCAGGAGACCAAUCGGACGCAAGUGCCAAUGCUUUGCACUAUGGGCUGCGGUUUCUAUGGUAAUCCCCGCACCAACGGCAUGUGCUCAGUCUGCUACAAGGAACACCUGCAGAGACAACAGGGCGUGAGCCGUUCCAGCCCCCCAGGUGAGAAAGGCUCGGUUGCUUCAUCGCCAGUGGGGUCCCCGGGAGCAGCUGGUGUGUCGGUGAAGCGCAAGACAGCGGAACCCAGCGCGGAAGGGAUCACUCCGCCCGAGGAAAGGACAUCCAGUCCCAGCUCCCCCAGCCCAGUAACCCAGCAAAUGACAGCCAUGAGUAUCUCCCAGGAUACUGGAGCCACUGACUCAGACCAGGCUAAUGGGGAAGAGGAGGGGACAUCCAAAAACACAGAGCCAGUGGGUGAGGUAGCCCAGACCUUGUCUGAUGGUGAUCAGACCCCUGACAAAAAUAAGAAGAACCGAUGCUUCACUUGCCGGAAGAAAGUGGGCCUCACGGGCUUCGCUUGUCGCUGUGGUAACCUGUUCUGCGCCAUUCACCGCUACUCUGACAAACAUGACUGUCCCUACGACUAUCGAGGUGCUGCCGCAGCACGCAUACGCAAGGAGAACCCUAUCGUGGUGGCUGAGAAGAUCCAGAAGUUAUGAGGACUGAGUAGAAAAGUCUCUGACGUGCAAAUUGUGGAACAAUGGCGGCAUGGAAUAAAAUUGUUUCAUGGUAGGAUAAGGUGGGUGGGGUGGCGGUGUCACAGCCCCUGCCCAGCCACUUCCUUUAUUAACAUCUCCCUCUCUCUCCUAGAGUGACCGCUUGAGUGUGAAUGCCUGUGGUGAGAUGGUCUGUGUGUGUGCAGUAGGGUUUGGUGGGCAUUAGAAGUCUACUGUGGGGAGGGAAGACAUUUCAUUUUUACCAUUUUUAUUGUUUCUUAACUUGGGGGGACUUGAGUUAAUUUUUAUAUUACCCCCGUGUGGUGGUUAAAAUGAGCCAGAAGUAACAUGUUUAAGAGCAUGCUACAUCUCCGAUAAGGACAUCAGGAGGUCACGUUAAGAUCCAUGCUGGGAGUUUCUGUGUAUCAGCAAUAUCUUUUGAGGGCUUCAGAUUAAUUUACUCCCAGAAAAGAAACCUUGUCCAUUUUCUGUCAAAUGGGCUUUUUGUUGUAACUUUUCUUUCCCUUCUGACCCUUAGAUGAAUAGUUCACAACAUGGCAAUAUUUUUUCAAGAAAUGUUCUUUGACUUACUGAUAUUGGGUGCAUGAAAGAGCCUCGACAUGAGUGAUUGAGAUUGUUUUUAUGAGUGUAUGACAUCAGAAGAUCUAUAUUAAUAUAUUGUCGUUAGCUUGAAUUUUUUUUACAUUUUGAAUAUAUAUAUUUUUUAUAUAUAAUUUGGUUGGUUUGUACUGGAGGAUUGGCAGCAUGUCAGAAAAUCAUUUGAUUUGUACUUAACCUUUCAAUUAUAUUUGAGCAUUUCCAUCUGAUUUAUGUAACCAUUUGAAAAUACAACUUCUGAUAUGUGAUGGAGUAGAGUCCUGUUAAUAUGUUCAGAUUAGGACCGUGCAGAAAAUUCCAUUAUUAUAGAAUCAAAGCACAACAAUUAAAGUUUCAACUGCAGAGCAUAAGACAUUGAAUGUGCAAGUUAACCUACUCAGUUUUCUUCAGCAUCCGGGUCUUUAUAGUUUAGCUUGAUCUCUCUGCAGGUUUGCUACUGAGAAUAAAGCAUGUUCUGCCAGUCCAGGCAGGACAUAAUGUA